UGGUACUGCGCACACGUUCGCACCUUAUUUUGACAAGGGACACGAGUGAGUUGCGUCGGAGAUAACUGUCAAGGAGGAGGACCGAAACUCAUGGAUCAUAAUUAGUCACAAUCUCUCAUUAAUUGUAAUCUUUCGACUGUCGAUCGGAGCGCAAAGAAUUCUCGUUUGCUCAUACCGGUGAAACAUGGCACUGACGAAUAUUUUGUUGCUUAGUCAAAUAGCGGGCUACGUCGUAGCCCUCAUUCUGUCUCUCUGCAUCAUUGUGCCGAUGAGUCUGCAUCAAGAUGAGUUUAGAGGACACUGUCUUCUGUUCUCGACUGGAGUCUGGCAAGAAUCAGAUGGUCAAUUUGUUGUCAACUGGGCCUCGCAGGCAUACUGUAAUUAUACGAUAUUUGUUGGACUGGUGCUCCUCAUCACAUCAGCGGUACAGAUAUACAGAUUAUCCCUGCUCAUGUAUCGUCAUGAAGAUAGCUCGUUCCUCUCAGCGUUUAUCGACGUGGUCAGUUCCAUCGUUCUGACUACCAUCACUCUGAUAGCAGCAAUCAUUGUCACUUUGGGUUUCAUGACCUGGUGUCAAUGUAUGACAAAGAGGUUUCCGUCGUGCGAGCUGGCAGCCGGCAAUGACAUCGACAAGGCCGACGGCAUAGACACAUCCGGUUUUCACAUUGAGCUCGGUGCUGCUCAUUUUGGCAUCUGGAGCAGUCUGACCGUUUGGGUCGGUCUGUCGGUCUUUGCUGUCUUGAAACUGCUGAGGUAUCAUCAGCUGGAGAACAUGAAAGUUUCCAUGUACAGGGAGAGGCAGAGAUUGAUAGAAGCCACUACGAGUAAUCAGCAACAGGAGCUGAGUUAAAGUUCUGCAAUGGUUCUUGUCUCAAUCGAGUAACGCGCAUCGCUCAUCGCAGAAAAAUUGGAAAUCACGUUUGUUUCAUAAGCAUGUAUAUUUUGCGCAAAAAAUAACAUUCUGUAUAAGAUUGUUGGUUUUCAUGCGCACAUAAAUCAAAGCGGUCAUUCAUUUCAUACGCAUAAACAAUAUCCCUUGAAUGGAAGUCAAUUGAUUUUACGAAAUAGCCAUACAGCAUGGUUCUUCUUUUAUCGAGUGAUCAGUUUAUAUGUACAUAUUUUUUAGUAAACGUGAGAAAUUACAAGUAAAGUUCACUUAUAACGAUCGAUCCCAAUAUAAUUGUGUUUGUACAUCAAGUGUAUCAAAUUUUAUUGGUCACAGUGUGCCGACAUACUUUGCGGAAAUUCUAUCAUUAUCUGAUCGAUAGAACCUGGAUAGAACACUCUGUAUAAUCAACUUUCCAUAGACUCAAACAUUAUAAGAUUUGUAUAUACGUCGUAAUAAUAAUGUAUAUAUGUAUGUGUGUGUA